UGUGUGUGUUUCAGCGGAGAACCUGUGUUUCUGGGUGGCCUGUGAGGACCUGAGACAUGGCGAGAGCUCCAAGAUCAUCCUGAAAGUAGAGGAGGUUUACAAGACCUUCCUGGCCCCGGGGGCAGCUCGCUGGGUGAACAUUGACAGUAAGACCAUGGAGAGAACGCUGGAGGGAUUCAAACAUCCUCAUCGCUUCGUUAUGGAUGACGCCAAGAUGCACAUCUACUUCCUCAUGAAGAAGGACUCCUACCCCAGAUAUCUGAAGUCCGAGCUGUAUAAGAACAUGCUGGCCAAAGCCAUCGUUCCCCAGGAGACCAAGAAGAGUGUAUUUCCCUUCAUGAGGCGCCAGCAUCACUCUAGCCCCUCUCCUGCCAUGGUUACCCAAGCAACAGAAGAUGAUGGAAAGGCUAAAGGGGCGGGACCAACAGGAAUAAGCUUUGCAACCAACUCUCAGGUCUAAUCGCCAUGGUAACGCCACAACCACCACGUCCAUAACAACCAGAUCUGGUCACCAUUGUAUCACUAUAGCAACCAUUCAAGACCCUGUAUCUACUUUUAGAAGUAAUAAUAUUGUCUAGUAGUUAUAUUUAUAAAUAUAGAACUAUGGGUAUAGUUUAUAGAGACAAUCUGAAACAUUUCCAAUAUUCAAUUAAUGUAGAUUUAAGGCCAGUUUAUACUUGGUCUAAUGACAUGUCUUUGGACAAUUAUAAUGUGACAAGUGUCGCUGGUCAAAACGACCUUCAAUUUAUACUCCUGUGGAAUGUCUGUAGACCGUCGUUGCGACUGUCAGUUUCCUUAUUGCAGAGACAUGAAAAACGUUUACGUUUCUGUGACUGUCGCAACGUCCGUUGUCGUGGUUACCGAACUGCCACAGCAACUAGACCAAAUCCUCCUGUGACCAGACGAUGCAGGAGUUCAAAAUCCUCCGAUAGAACGACCUAGUUUUAUUUAGUCACCCUGUGGCAGUCAGCUAUUUUCUGUAAGCUCGCAAUUAUCUUGUAAAUAAGGAUGUUGUGGGUUUAUUUUCCUGUAAUAAUGAAUAAAAAGUAGUUAAAGUCAAGACGUUGUCAGCUAUA